AUGCAGAUAAAGUCAUCCACCGUUCUUGUCGCCCUUUUGGGCUCCUCCGUGGCCCAGGCUGCCAACCUCCAGGAAAGGCAGUUUGAAUCGACCGACGUAGCCGCAACUCCCACCGACACCGGCUCGGGCUCUACGGAGACUGGCUCUGUCACUCUCCCAUACUUCACCGGUACCAGUGAGACGGGUGUCCCGACUGGAACUGAAUCUCCCACCGGCACUGGAUCUGCCACCGGCACUGGAUCUACCACUGGCACGGGGUCUCCCACCGGCACUGAAUCUGCCACUGGCACUGAAUCCCCCACUGGAUCGUCCAGCAGCGGAGCCGAAUCUACCUCGGACUCGGCUACUCCCACUAGCGGAUCGGCCUCGCCCACCGAGUCCGGAUCGACUUCCACCACUACCGAGGCCUCAACCACUACUAGUGGAAGCGAGACCAGCAGCUCGGGAACUUCUUCCUCCACUUCCUCAUCGGCUUCUCCCUCGUCGACUGACUCCGGUGCGGCCUCGACUUUGCCUCAAGGUUGGGCCACAUGGAUGCUCCCCUUCGUUUUGGGUGCUUUCCUGUGA